GCGGCGCGGCGAGCGAGAGCCGAAAAGCUCGUGCCCGCGGGGCGGUAACUGUGGCGCGUCCCGGGCUCUGGGAUUCGGUUGGUUGGUUGCCGCUCUCCGGUAGGCGAGAGGCCGCGGGACUCCACGCUGCGGCCGUAAGCACCUCUCGGAGCUGAGCCGAGCGAGGCGGGCGGCGACCCAGCCGCGGCAUGGCCGCGAACUAUUCCAGUACGAGUAACAGGAAAGAACAUGUCAGAAUUACAACCAAGUCCCAGCCAGGCUUCCUGGAGCGGCUGAGUGAGACCUCGGGUGGAAUGUUUGUGGGGCUCAUGACCUUCCUGCUCUCCUUCUACUUAAUUUUUACCAAUGAGGGCCGCACAGUGAAGACGGCGACCUUGCUGGCUGAGGGACUCUCGCUGGUGGUGACCCCUGACAGCAUCCACAGUGUGGCUCCAGAGAAUGAGGGGAGGCUGGUGCACAUCCCUGGGGCCCUGCGGACGUCUAAGCUCUUGUCUGAUCCAAACUACGGGGUCUACCUCCCGGCUGUGAAGCUGCGGCGGCACGUGGAGAUGUACCAAUGGGUGGAAACCGAGGAGUCCAGGGAAUACACCGAGGACGGGCAGGUGAAGACAGAGAGGAGGUACUCCUACAACACUGAAUGGAGAUCGGAAAUCGUCAACAGCAGAAACUUUGACCGAGAGAUUGGCCACAAAAACCCCAGUGCGAUGGCCGUGGAGUCAUUCACCGCAACAGCCCCCUUCGUCCAAAUCGGCAGGUUUUUCCUCUCGGCGGGCCUCAUCGACAAAGUGGACAACUUUAAGCCACUGAGUCUGUCCAAGCUGGAGGACCCACACGUGGACAUCAUUCGCCGGGGGGACUAUUUCUACCACAGUGAAAACCCCAAGUACCCCGAGGUCGGAGACCUGCGCGUCUCAUUUUCCUACGCAGGGCUGAGCGGCGAUGACCCCAACCUGGGCCCAGCUCACGUGGUCACCGUGAUUGCCCGGCAGCGGGGCGACCAGCUGGUCCCGUACUCCACCAAGUCCGGGGACACCUUGCUGCUUCUGCACCACGGGGACAUCUCAGCAGAGGAGGUGUUUCGUCGGGAACAGAAGAGCAACUCCAUGAAGACGUGGGGCCUGCGGGCGGCCGGCUGGGUAGCCAUGUUUGUGGGCCUCAACCUCAUGACGCGGAUCCUCUACACUCUGGUGGACUGGUUCCCCAUCUUCCGAGACCUGGUCAACAUUGGCCUGAAGGCCUUUGCCUUAUGCGUGGCCACCUCGCUGACCUUGCUGACCGUGGCCGCUGGCUGGCUUUUCCACCGGCCCCUGUGGGCGCUUGUCAUCAGCUGCCUGGCCCUGGUGCCCAUCAUCAUUGCUCGGACACGGGUACCGGCCAAAAAGCUGGAGUGAGCCGGGGCUCCGGCACCCACUGGACACUGCCUGUGCCUCGGGACCCAGCUCAUCCCCUCCCCCAAACCCAUGUCGGUCUUGGAUUCCGCACGCGCCCCACUCAGGUGGCAGCCUUGGCAGUGUGCAUGGGUGUCGGGUUGGCGUCCAUCACUUAGCACUUCGCACCCCUUCUUGCCAGCGGGCAGCUUUGGUGGCAGGAGGCGGCUCCUGUCUGGCAGCGUGACACGCGCCCUCCUGCUUGUUUCCUUUCCUUCUCUUGGGGCCGUGCAGCCACUUGCGUGUUUCACUUAGCUGAUGUCUGCCACCGUGGUGACACUCAGCCCUGGGGACGGUGUCAGGCUCCACCACAGCCACCGCCGUGCCCGCCUCCCAGGACAAGGCAGCAGGGGCGCCACAAACCCACUCUGCGCAUGGAGCUUGAUUCGGUACUUAAGAGAACCGGGGGGUGUGGUGAUGAGGAAGGUGGACGUUUGUUGGGCUUUGCACGCACAUUACCAUUUGGCAGAAUCUUUGUGGCGUGUAGGACCCCCACAGGCCUGGUUGUUUCUUGCCACUUCGUUUCUCUGCACAUAGCUCCCCGACCUGCCCUAAGAGGGGGCAGUUUCAAGUCAGAUGUAGAAAACAAACACCUCUGGAAUGAUUUACGUCUCAGACUGUUACAGAAAAAAACCCUUUCAUCUGUCAGUUGAAGGUAGUUCAGAGCACAGAAAGUUCAGUGGGGCUGUUACUUACCUGGUUGAGAAAGUUACCUGUCGGUGUUCUGGGUCCCUGAGAAGCUUUUCAAAGCUUCAGGUGCUUUGAAACCAGUGUUAGCAAAAGGCUCGUUUUCCCUCUGGGAGGAGAUGCUCGUCUCUAUCCGGGAGAGAAAGGCAUUUCCUUCCAUCCUCUGGCAUCAAAACCCAGAUUUUCUUGAAGAUGAUUUUGAGUUUUUACUCAGUUAUCCUAAGUGGGCUCCUUCGUGGUGACACCCCACCCACCAACCAAAAUCAGGCGUCAGAGGCUGCAGAUUGGAAAGCUCUCUGGCCUGGCUCUGUUCAUCACAGGUGUGCUUUUGACAUUAGCAUCUGGGUCUCAAGUGGCUGCUUCUGGGUGAUUUAUGUGUUCAGUAUCCACAGCUUUAUUCCUAAAUCGUAUCUACCCAUGCUUAUUUAAUUCACAGAGUUUAAGUUUCCCAACUACUCUCAACACCCUUUGAAAGAUCAAGUAUGUUGUAACACUGAUGUCUUAAAAGACUUGUGUGUCCUUUACCUUUUAACUAUUUGGAAACUGUUGUGUUUUGCUGGGAGUGGCUGCUUUAGUGGAAUAAGUAUUUGGCAGCUGAAUAGGGCUUAGAACUUCGGAAACUCAAGAGCUAAUAAGCUCUCUCGUUGUCCUGGGGCAUUUGUGGUACAAACUGAGAUUUUUCAUGUUCAAAACAGCCAGCCCCAGCGAUGAGUUAUCUGGGUUUAAGGACUGAAAUAGUGUUGUUCACUGUUGCUUGUUAAAUGAACAGUUUCUUCGAUCUCUCAACUCUUAAAGAUGCUUUUGGAAAGCACAGUGACGAGAUGAUGGCUAAAUACAAAAUCCUUGAUAUUUGGUUUGUGUAAUAUUUUUCUGGCACAGAUUUUAAAUUACUGCCAAUUUCAAGUGUUCUUAAAGACCAAAAUCAUGUUAAGAAAUGUAUCAGGCCUUUGGGAAAUCAUGACGAAACUUGUAUUAUCUUUGUAUUUUUGAUAAAAGUUCAAAAUAAAUUUCGAAAUAUCUUUUGAUACAGGAACUCGCCAUUAUCCCUUUUUUUUUUUGCUUUCUGUCUGAAAUUUCUGUCUGAAAGAAUCCAGCCAUAGAAUUUAUUAAGAACCCUAUGAAUUUUUGGAACUUAGGUUCUAAAUUGCUUUCAGUGGUUAAAAUUGGUUUCAAUUUUUGAGAAGGCACCUCAGUAUCUCUAGCACUUAGAAACCUGCUCUGGUUUGUGUGGACUUACGCGGCUCCCACCUUUGCCGGUCUUCAGAUCGUUCUCAGAGGUGGGAGGGAGCCGGCGGGACCCGGCACAAAAGGCAUCCCGCAUCUGCCGCUGACGAGCUGUGUGACGCUAGGCAUGGCAGUGACCUGAGCCUCAGCUUCCUCAUCUGUGACACGGGGACAGUGCCUCUCUAUGGAGUGAGAUAAAGCCCACGAGCGCCUGAAGAAGUGGGCGGCCGCGAAGUGUCCGCCCUGCAAUUUGAACUUCUUUCCCCUUGUUACAGGAUUUGAAGCAGGUGAGUGGUAACUUUCCAAAACCUGAGGUUUCACUCCAUUUCCAAGAUGCAUCCUAGGAGCUGCCAUCUGCCUGAAGAACUAGUUAUUCCUGCAGAGACAGGGCAGUGCUCUUGACUCAACUCCCAGAAAACACGGUGCUCACUUCCAGGAGGGUGAGAGCCAGCUCUGGUGCACACAGUGCCAGACCAGACGGUUUCCAUGGCAACCCCCAUGUGUUUCACAACAGGAGCCUGCCUGCCAGUUCUUGCUGCAUGAGUCACACCCCAAGUAUUUUGCUUGUUUCCCUUGGAUAAAACUGACUCAAAAUUUUAAUGGCUCCUGUCAAAGAUUAAAUCAUAUCUCCUGGAUUAAACAUAGAAAUAAAAAAAUUCCAUGUGUGUAAUGGUAAGUUCCCAGCCUGUGGGAAAACAAGAUCUGAUCUUUAAUGUAGUCACGACCUGUAUACAGUCACUGUCAUCCAAGUGUUCUUAUCUGAUGUAAAAUCUGAAAGAAAACGUAGUCACGUCUUUCUAGAGAAAUGCUUUAUUUUUUUCCUCAAAAUGUUAUAAAAGUUAUUUCUCCUAAAUAUCUACAGUGCAUAAGGCUUUAUAAAUGUAUCCAGUAAUGAAUAAAAUCUCGUUUAACACUGAUCCACUCUUCCUGACAUUUCUCUAAUUCUCAUCGUUUGUCCUUUCCUUUCCUGACUUUAGCUCUUUGUUCUAGUCUUCUGCCACCACGAAGUGUUACCUGGGAAUGUAGGUCCAGCCAUGUCACCCUGAGACGGCCUGCGCUGACCUGCUCUUCCCCCCACAGCGUCAGGCGGCUUCAGGGACCUGACUGAGGGCAACGAGGGGCCUGCAGAGAAGGGGCCCGAGUCUGCAACAGCACGCGUGUCAGACGCAGGAGGGAUCUAUCCGGGAGCAAGGUCUGGGGCACGGCUGAGCCACUGAGGAGGUGACCACUCACAUCACAGCUUCUCAAAUGGGAACAGGUGGGAAGCUGCCUCCUUCUCCUCCCUCCUGCUCUUCCGGGGGCACUUCCGCUUCUCCUCUACCUCUCGGUUUUGGGGCCAGGAGGCUGCCAGGAUCCUGGCCACUUCCGCUGGAGAGCUGGUCCCCUCCUCCUCGUCUGAAGAGAGUCCUCCUCCUGCGUCUGCGUGGGGAGCGGCUUCCUCACUCUGGGGGGGACAGUGGAGGAAGCCCCGUCAAGAGGCAGUGACGCCCCAGCAGCGCUGAGCCGUGACCCGGAGGACAGGGCUCAGCCCAGCAGGUCCCAGAGCGCUUGCUGUGCACACAGGGCUAGGGCCACAAAACUGCCCUUGGGGAGCUACGAGCAAUCCAGGAGGUAACUGCGUUUUCUUCCUCGUUUCUAAACAGAACAAGUGCACGAAUGCACAGCAUCAGCGCUCAGUGCCCGCUGCUGCGAGGACGGGCUGGGGAGGGAAGGGGGAGCCGUGCGUGGGGUCGCAGCUGCCCCCAGAGCGUGUCUGUGCGUCUCUGACCACUCCACGUGACUGUGUCCGGGGGGCCUCUGUGCCCCCAUGGGAGCCCGCAGGGGCUGUGAGAGGGGCCUGAAUGAGCACCUGUGGGCCUGAAGGGUGGUCACAGCCCCAGGGGCAGCACAAGGCCAGGAGAUGCAGACACCUGUCCCCCGCCCCGAGUGGGCUCAGCACCAGAUCCAGCCCAUAGCAGGCACCCUCUUGUGCAGACAGGGCGGGGCUGGCAGAGCAGCCGAAGCCUGACUCCAGGACACCUUGGACACCUCCUCAACGUGGACAGGACGCAGGGCCUGGGAGACACAGGUCUGUGGCACCGGAACAGAGCUGACUUGAUCUCUGAGCAGAAUCGGCCCCUGGUUCCCUAACUCCGCCCCCCUCCAAACCUGGCGUGUCCUCCAAGGACCACCCUGACCUGAGCCCCGUAGCGAAGCCUCAGCCGCUCCCGGAUGAGCAGCCCUUUGACCAGCAGCUUCCAGUUCCCCAGAGCCCGCUUCUCCCUUUUCUGCAAAAGCGAACAGAAUGGAAAACACUGUGCACUGCCGUUUCAGGAACAUAAAGAUACAGGCCGCAACCUCUCUGCCAUGCCCCCCGCCCACAAACGGCAUGCGCACACCGUGAAGCUCGAACCCCAGCCCGGCGAAGGCUGCUAAUCCCAGGCCGCCGGGCGACUCCUCACCUGGAGUAGACAGCCUCUCCGCGGCAGUACCCGAGGAUGGCGGCCGUCUCGGGGUAGAUGGCCUCGUACUUGAGGAGGUGCCUCUUGAGGGCGUACAGAGGGUGGUUCUUGUACAUGCCUAUGACGGUGGGCAGAGGCUGGUCCAGGUGCCUCGCCUGAAACUGCAGAGGCCGAGAGACGACGUUGGGCGUGGUGCUCGGAGAGGGAGGGAGGUUGGCGGCGACCCCCGAACUUGCCCAGGUAACUGAUGGUGCCGUGGGGCUUUCGGGGCCCCAGGGCCGCCGCACCACGCUGUGACCUGGCGUUCUGUCCCACGGGUUUAGGUGCCUCGGAAGCUCCGCAGGGGCCGGUAAUCCUGCAGCUCGCAGCAACAGAAAAGUCAGCCCUACCCUCUGACACCUCGGCCGGCCCGAGCAGAGCCUUCCUCGGGAGGAGGCCUCACCUCAAGUGACACCACAAUUCUGUGACACGGGUUCAGCGGCUCGGCUCACCCGGAAACCAGAAUGAGCACUCACACCUUCUCCGUCCACUACGAUCAACACAUGUUCUCCCCGCCGCCUCAAGGAGCCUAGCUCUUCGCAGGCAAGCCCACUGCUCUCACCUGCAUCCCACUCACCAGGUCUCCUGCAUUUCCCUGCAGCAUCUCUUCAAACCCCGACAGACAAGGGAGGAGCGGCAAGUGGGGAGCAGGAGGGACCCCGCUUGGCCAGCUUGCAUGACAAGCCCUUGAACCAGGUCAGUCACAACACGCUCUGCACGACUCCCACGACCCUGUCACCUCUGAGCCACACCCUGAGCGAUGCAGUGCAGAGGGACGACUCCCUGCCCCGGGGAAGUGGGAAUAAUUCUCUAGCAAGUCUGCCCACCCUGCGCUGUGGGCAGCCCUGCACAAGCCCCCGGCCCUCUUCCGGGCCCACGGCUGUCCCACGACUCAGGGACGCGCUGCUGCUCCAGAAGCCGCCCCCCAGGGUGCCCCUCAACAGACAAGCCAUCUCCUCAGCCCUCCUCCUGGGAGCUGAGUGUGCCGGGUCGGGGCAGGGGUGCUGGCGUGCACACCUCUGCGCGUGUGCACGCCGAGAAGGGGGACCAAUUAUGUUACUGCGUGUUUUCCUCUUUCACUCAGGACUACUUACCUGGCGUAAAGCUCCAAAUUUAUAACUGGGCAAUAACUGAAAGUACACAGGCUUUGAAGCCAGAGCAGCCUGGGUUCACAUACAGGUUGGCCCAUCUCUCAGACUCUAAACGUUUAGCUGGUAAAAUUAAGGCUGCGACAACCCCAGCUUUGUACUGUUGCUGUGACAAUUAAUUGAGGUAAAAACACAACACGGGGCUGGGCAUCCAGCAGGUGCACGUGCGCAAGGCCUCACCUCCUGGUCCUCCUUCUGCUCCCUCUCCACCAGCGGGCUCCGGUAGGGUCGCAGGGUCUCGGCCCACCACGCGGCAUCAACCCGGCACUUUCGGGUCACCGUCAUCCAGGCAGGGUCGUACCUCUGUGUGACAUCGCGCAAGCAGCCGUCGCUGUCGAUGCCCACGAUGUAGGUCACAGGCUUGGUGGCAUACUGGUAGCAGGUCAGGGGCUGGCCCACUACACCGUGCACACAGUCCACGCACACCCACUUCUCCUCCUGCUCAGAGAACACCUCCAGCCACUGGUCCACACCAGCUGCUCUCCGGCCGUCUGCUUCCUCACCAUCCACGGGCAUCUUACGCUUGCCUCUCUUACGCUUACUGCUGGAAGCGCUUACAGACGCUUCUGGAAAGCCAGGGGACUGACCGUCGCUUCCACGCUGGGACCUGGACUCCCUCUUGGACCCCACCUUCAUCCUCUGAGGGGCGGCGGCCCUCCUCUGCCUUGGAAGGCCUGGCUCAGAAUCCUCGUCGGAUGGGCGAUGGCUGUCCGAGCUGGAGAGCUCAAAGUCAGAGCUGCUGCUGGCCUUGUCACUCCCGCUCUCCUCUUUGUAAGACACCCUGGCGGCCGCCUGCCGCUCCCGGCCCCGCGAACGCCUCUGGGUCCCCUCCGUCUGCCCCCCGGCCUUGCCCUCUUCUUUCCUGCUGGAGGAGGGCUCUCUCCGUUUCUUCCUGGUGGCAGCCGCCUUGCUCCCCUUCGCUUUGUCAGGUGCACUGCCAGUGCCCUCAGAAGACAUGUCCUCUCGUCUGCUUCCUCUGCUGGUCUCUGGUUUGCUUGGCUUUCCAGGAACUUGGCUGGAAGUUUCUGAGGAGCCUCCAGGACCCUCUGUGGAUCUCUCCUUGGAAGGUUUCUUUCCCUUAAACAGAAUAGGAAAUUUUUGUGUUUUCUUUUUUUGCUAGUGAUGCAAUAAAGACUCUGGCAUCUAAUGGGGCUAAGUCACACUGGAACACCAGCGUACACAAGACAUUCCCGGCUCAGACAGUGACAGGCUGGCUACCCUCCAGGAUUGUAAGAAAGCAGUCACUAAAUUCUGCAGCUCCUUAAAUAAGGCCACACUCUAAUUCUUUUCAAUACAAAGUGUAGCACAGGGAAAAGAGCACAGGAUGUGGAAACAAACCCGGGUUCAAACUCCACUUCUGCUUUCUCAUUUUUUAUGUGAUUCAGAUAAAUUAUGUAACCUCUGAGUCUCAGUUUCCUCAGCAAUAGUACUCACCUUGCACAUAAGGCAUUUUGCAAACAAAGUCACAGCAUUAAGAAUUCAGAAAUUAUUAAACUUGACUCCUGGACCGAAUUUCGGACAAUGCCAGCACCCCAAGGAGCACAGUGUUCAGCCUCCUUGGGUGAUGGCAGAGCUCUGAGUCCUCACCGUCCUCUCUCCGCACUGCUGAGGAUGAACAGUACCUUUUUAUUCUACCAUUUACAGAACAGAAACCAGAGCACGAGGGAGCCCAGGCUCUCGCAGGCCCCUCUACGCACGCAAAGCCCGGCUGCUAGAUACCCACCCAGGCGCCCAGUCUUCCCAGCACAGGACCUGUGCCAGGCAGGCUCAGAGGAACCCUGGUCCACGAAGACUGAUUUUUAAAAAUUGUCUAAUGAGCAGAUCUGUUUGCUCUAAGUCUCAUAAUUUCUCACUCCUCCCUGACCAACUACUCUUUUCUCUGAAAGCCCCGGGAACCUCACCUUCGCUGCUGAUAACUUCAGAGGAAUUGGCUGUAGAGACAGUACAAGUCGGGUAGGGAGAUGUAGGGCCCGGAGAAUCAGUAAAAAUAUCUAUGAUGAAAAAGAACAACAUGCUUAUCCUCAGGGAAGAAUGAAGCAUUUGCAUAAUUCCAAGCUGUUUGUUGUGGUGCCUAUUUAUAAAAGGGAAACAACCAACUUGUCUAACAGUAGAAGCCUGGAACCCUCAACACUAUUAAAAUGAUGCUGUAGAGAUUUAUCUUUGUAGAAAAAUGGGGAAAGGUAACCAUAUAUUAAAGGAAAAUAAAUGUUUGCUUUUUAA